AUGUUGCAGUUUGUUUUCUACCGCAGCCAGUCGAGCCUCCUGUCCACAGAAGAGAUCACAGAGACGGUCAGUUAUCGUUUGCAUGCGAGAAUUAAUACUGCGUUGCACACUGUUUACAUGUUUCAUGCUUCCACUCAGGAUAGAGACCUGGGAAGUAUUAGUGUAUUCCUGGAGUCUAGUGAUAUUGUUUUGUAUUGUACCAAAAUCUUUAUGAAAAUCAGUUUACACUUGGCUAACCGCCCUGACGUCUCCGGACACACUCUGUACCGAAGCCGUCAGUUUUGGACAUCAGCUGUACCACGUGUAUAUCCACCUUCACCAAAGUGCCAAUUUACUUUUCGACGAGGGAUCUACAGUCAACAUGAUGGGCUAAGAACAAACACUGUGGGCUAUGAUGGCCGAACCGACCCAUCAAUCGAAUCAACACAUCACCUGCUGCUCAAGUCGUUUCGUAAAUAUGUAUUCCCUUGUAUUCCCCCCCCUUUAAUGUACGAUCUAGAAGGCGUGGCACGUACUCACUGGCUGUCGCAAGCUGUGUAA